AAGACUUUAGAAAGCAUUGGCGGACUGUUGAACGGCCGCCCAGGGGUCCGCGGGCCCCGGUUUUCCGGCCUGCAGCGAGCCCAGCUGUUAGCGCGAGCCGCCGCGGCUGCAAACUCAGCAGCAUGGCCCAGUCUGUCGUAGUGCAAGUCGGCCAGUGCGGAAACCAGAUUGGCUGCUGCUUCUGGGAUCUGGCCCUGAGGGAGCAUGCGGCUGUCAACAAGAAAGGAAUUUACGAUGACUCACUGAAGAACUUCUUUAGAAAUGUGGAUACUAGAGGAAAUGGUGAUGGUGUAGAUAUUUCGAAAGGAAAAAUUUGCUCCCUAAAAGCACGAGCGAUCUUGAUUGACAUGGAGGAAGGAGUAGUGAAUGAAAUUCUUCAGGGACCAUUGAAAGAUAUAUUUGAUAGCAAGCAACUCAUCACUAAUGUUUCUGGAUCUGGGAAUAAUUGGGCAGUAGGUUACAAGGUUUUUGGCUCUGAGUACCAGGAUCAGAUUGUGGAAAAACUCAGACAGACAGCAGAGCACUGUGACUGUUUGCAGUGUUUCUUUAUAAUUCACUCCAUGGGCGGAGGGACAGGUUCUGGUCUUGGCACAUUUGUUUUAAAUGUGCUUGAGGAUGAAUUCCCAGACGUAUACAGAUUUGUGACUUCAGUUUUUCCAUCUGGUGAGGAUGAUGUCAUUACUUCACCAUAUAAUAGUAUUUUGGCAAUGAAGGAACUUAAUGAGCAUGCAGACUGUGUGUUACCCAUCGAAAAUGAAUCUUUAUUUGACAUCGUUAGUAAAAUUAAUCAGAUGGUAACUUCUGGAAAGCCGGGAACAACUGUGAAGCCUGGGAGUCUGGUAACUUUAAAUGAAGGUGGUAUUAAAAAAAAGCUGCAAGAAAAGCCAUUUGAUAGAAUGAACAAUAUUGUAGGAAAUUUGCUGCUCAACUUAACAAGUUCUGCCAGAUUUGAAGGCUCCCUUAAUAUGGAUCUUAAUGAAAUUACUAUGAAUUUAGUUCCCUUUCCUCAACUUCAUUAUCUUGUUUCAAGCCUCACACCUCUGUAUACAUUAGCAGAUGUAAACGUUCCUCCUCGAAGGUUAGAUCAAAUGUUUUCAGAUGCUUUCAGCAAAGACCACCAGUUAAUACAGGCUGACCCAAAGCAUAGUCUCUACCUUGCUUGUGCCUUGUUGGUUCGAGGAAAUGUACAGAUUUCAGAUCUUCGAAGAAAUAUUGAAAGAUUGAAAUCUUCUCUCCACUUCGUCUCAUGGAAUCAAGAAGGCUGGAAAACAAGCCUGUGUUCAGUACCACCUGUGGGCCAUUCUCACUCACUCUUGGCACUAGCAAACAACACCUGUGUAAAACCAACCUUCAUCGAACUUAAAAAGAGAUUCACGAGACUCUACAAGAAAAAAGCUCAUCUUCAUCACUACCUGCAGGUUGAUGGAAUGGAAGAAAGUUGUUUUACAGAAGCUGUAUCAUCUUUGUCAUCUCUUAUAGAGAAUUAUAAUGAAUUAGAUCUCACAAAAGGCUUGCCUAUACAUGAUCAACUUAGGUUAAAUAUAGUUAUGUAAAAACACAUUCACAAGCUUUUAUUUUCACUUACAAAGUUUUUUGUUUGCUGAUGGUUGCUUGAUUUUAUCACUUAAGAAAUCUUCAUUGGUUUUCUUCAAAGUAGUGGGUAGCUAUCUAGGAGAAAGGUUUCCUUUAGGACAGUUUGAUAGAAAUAUGCUGUACCACAUUUAGAAUCAGUGUGACCUUUGAAUCAUAUCUACAACCAUGUUGCCUUUUACAAAAACCACUUUUUUUAAGAUUUAUGAGAAGCAUGAAGUCUUUUUAUAACCUGAUAUUCAGGAGUUGUACACUAAUAAGAAGGCUGAUGGCAUAUUUUUUGUGUAUGUAACAUUCAGCUUUAUUUUGAAAUACUAUAUAGGUACUCCAGUUCUUUUAAAAACUGAUCUGAAAUACUAGGAGUUGCUUAAUAAAAAUAUGUAAGUAGAUACUGAUUUUUAUAGCAGUUGGAGAUGAGAUCAGCUUUUGAUUUUUCAUUCAAAAUAAUUUUUAAAUGUUUGAUUUUAUUAUUUAACAAGUUUGAUUUCAUAGUAGUAAAUGUGCCUUAUUUAUAAGCAGUUCUAUUAUUUAUAAUUACUUUAUUAAAUUCUACACAAAAGUACAGAAUUUUUCCAGGGUCAACAUGUUCUGGACAUUGUAGUAAAUGAAAUAAAUAUUACAAAAUUGCUAUAAUCUGAAAUGUUUAAAUUAUGUUCAUUUGUAGCAUGACUAUACAAGAUAAUUUCAUUCAAGGCUAAUACUUUACUCUUUUUUUAACAAAGGAUUCAUUUUUGCUUAAAAUGAUGAGUAAUAUCUAUCUAAAAUCCUCAGCAAGCAUUAUCUAUAAGGGGGAUAAGCUAGAAGCUUUCCCAAUAAUAUCAGGAGUGAAGUAAGAAUGCCCAUUACUAA